GCCGCCUGCUGCCAUUUGAGUGAAAAUCUUGGUGCAAUUCGAGCGUAUUUUCGUCGUGUAAAAACUUUAACAAAUUUAAUUAUUGCCAAAGUCUUUAUUAUUAUUUGAUAAAUAAUUGUGUAAAAUGGGUAUGAUAUCUAGAGUGCGCGGGCGUAUAAGGAGUGACUCUUUCUCGAAGAUUCACAUAAAAUCUGAAGACAAAAUUGCAAAUAUCGUAUGGCUUAUAUCCCUGGUGCUGCUGCUGCCAUAUUGGGCUCCUCGUGGUCUCCUGGUGGCUCUGGGAGGUGCGUGGCUCAUGGCCGCCUACACGUGCCUGGUGUUGCCAGUGCUGAUCUCAGCUAACUACAAGUAUCCAGCGAGGUGGUACCCUGCUGUCGCGAAGAUUGCCAGAAAGGUAGCAACAAGACUUCAGUCUCCAGUGCUACGGGUCUGGAGUGUUGUGAAGGUGGCCUACUCGCCGAUAGACAGAGCUGAACGACUCUUCCUGCAGCUGAAUAACCUGUCCACGAUGAUAAGUCAGUUGCUGAUUUUCGCUGCCUGCGACCGUCUCUUCGUGUCUCGAGGCCGACUAACCUGCCUUUACUCGCUCAUGUUCUACAAUGUCAUCACAUACUCCGUGAACUAUAUCCGGGAAAUCUGCACAAAGGAGGACUGGUCACCGUACGUUAACGUAACUCGUCACUCCAGGGUCAAACAUCUCGCUAUGUCCGCGACUAAGAUUGUCUUGGAAUGGACAAAAGCUGUCACAUUCGUUGUGACAAUGACGUUUAUUCUUUUGACUCUAGGUUUAGAGCAGGGCUUGGAUCAUUACAAGCCUAACUUUUUGUACACAAUUAUAACUGCGACGUAUUAUUUGCUGACAGAAAAGACAUUCCUUGAGCUGUGGCCGCUGGCUUUGGCAGCUCUGAAGUUAGAAAGACUGGAAGGUAUGGAGGUAUUGUAUUCUGGUGUUUGGGCAAGGGGUGUGACUACUGCUAUAGCAGUUCCAUUAGUUCCAGCUCUUUCUUGGCACGAGAGGUACAGAUUAGCUUUUUUGUUAGCGUAUAUUUGUGUAUACGUACACGGGAGGCAUAGACUUGGAGAGGCUUUAGUUAAGUUCAAUGAGGCGUGCGAUUCGCUGGCGAGGUUUCGAAGAGCGACUCCAGAGGAGCUUUCUACGUUGGAAGAUGUCUGUGCUGUGUGUCUGGGUACCAUGAAGUCUGCAAGAGUCACGCCGUGUGCGCAUUUCUUCCACGCAGACUGCUUACGGCGAUGUCUGGCUACAACAGACCGCUGUCCGAUCUGUGUCAGACCGUACGUGUUUUGUUGAUCUGUGAUUGGCAAUAGACUUGCGAGUUGGGACUGAGCCACUUGGAUCAGUAUUAUUUCUAGCACUUGGUUCGCUUUGUAUGUCACGGACGGGAAACUGGUUUACGAAUUAUUUUAAUCGAUUCGUAAUUAUACAUAGUCUUCAGUAAAUUAAGUUUUAUAUGCCUAUAUAAUACAUCAGUAUAAUAUAAAUUUUCCAUGUAAGUAUUCAACUAAUUUGGCGAUAAAAGUAUACAGGACUAUCGUUUAUACUUAUUGCAAUGUCUUAGAUCAUUUAUACCUACGUCUAGAUAGUGACAGCUGUAAAAACGUCGAAAACAUUGACUUUAGAACUCUAUUUUAAGCAAUGCACGCACACUAACACAAAGUGUCAUACAAAUAGCGAGUGUAAGACGUAGCUUCUCACACACACUAAACUAGUAUUUAUAUAUAUAUCUGUAUUUAUAGCCUGUUUUAUCGAUUGUCUAACAGCACUAUACUCUAUCUAGACGUAUUAAUUAUCUAAGCAAUAUGUAUAUGCACAAUUUAUAUUCCUUUUAUGUAUUUGUAUUGUAAUUAAUAAAUAUGUAGAUGAAAAAUGUAUAUAAGUCAUAAUUGAAGCUAAAAUAGGCCAAGAUGUGUAUAUUGUCUUGAUAGAUUCUAAUGCACAUUAAUAUUGAUUUAUAUUUAUUUUUAAUUUUAAGAUAGUGCACUAUUUAAAUUCUAUAGGUAUCGCAAAUUUGUAAUUUUGUAUCAAUAAAUAUGUCUAAAUUCAC